AUGUUGUUGGAUAUCACACAGAUUCCACAUACGUCAUAUAUUGUUAUCGAUGGGCUAGACGAAUGUAGAGCGGACGAUCGGAAACGCUUCAUGACUUGCAUGAACCGUCUGAUGAAGGAUAGCAAAAGUAGAAUCAAGAUCGUUAUCUCCAGCCGUGAGAAGGUUGAUAUAUCGAGAUAUUUGGUGGACUUUAAAGGGAUUCCCCUGUGUUCGGCGGUGAAUCAUUCUGAUAUUGUGAUUUAUAUCCGGGAAACCAUUGAGGAGAAGUUGAAAGACGUCAAUCUGAAAGUCGGCCCGGGAAUGGUCGAAGAGAUUAACGAUGCGCUUAUCAAAGGAUCUGAUGGAAUGUUUCUUUGGGUCAGGUUUCAAAUCAUUGAAAUCUGUAGAGAAAAUAACGAUGACGAUAUUCGCCGGGUAUUGCAAACGUUACCGAAAGGCCUUGACGAAACUUACCUCCGAAUUCUCAAACGAAUCGUUGAUAACCACAAGUCAGAUAUUGCCAAAAAGGUUUUCACGUGGCUUGCCGUGGCCAGGCGUCCUAUCCGUUUGACGGAGCUAAACGAAGCUGUUGCUUUUGAGCCAGGGUGUUCUCACUGGAGUCAAGGGAGCCAUCAGAAUGUUGCACUUAACAUGUUGAGAAAUUGUGGGAAUCUCAUCAUCCGGGUUCAGAGUGAUGACACGAUCAAGCUCGCUCAUUAUACUGUCCUGGAGCUCCUAAAGUCAAGGCGAGCGGCUCAGUCUAUGGAUUUUGGAGCCGCUAUUGCGAGGAUAGCCAAACCUACAAAGAACACUCCAUUACCCGCAGUCACUGAAUGGGGAAAAUUAGCAAAGGUACAUAACCGACAGAUGGGACUUUUAUCGAAAAUACACCCUGGGCUAUUACUCCACGAUUCAAUUGCACACGUACCCAGCGCCCGCCUAUUAGGCGACAAAACCAAGAAAGAAGAGGAUCUGCUCAAAGAAUUUCAUUUAUUAGAAUAUGUUAGGCAAAAUUGGAUUCACCACUGCCGUGGGCUUUCGAAGGAAGACCUUGAGAACUGGCAUUUAUUCGAUAGUUUAGUAUUUAGCCGCGAAUUACAAUUCAAUCAUUUUCCAUGGUAUCAAGACUACCCUCGGGAAGAGUCAUUUUACGGGGAUAUUGUUUUGUGGGCGGCGGAAACAGAUAAUCCGGCUGUACUUAAGGCGGCGCUUGACAGGCUGGGAGACGCAAGAGAUAGAGCUCACCUGGCACAGGGAGCGCUUUACCUGGCUAGUCUAAAGGGAAAGAAAUUCGUUAUUCCACAUCUGCCAAAGCUCGGGGCUAGUCUCGAGAUAUCGCCCAGAAUGUUAUCAGAAAUAGCCCCCGGGGUAGUUGCGGGGGUGGUUGUGGAAGCGGUUGUGGAGGAGGCUACUCAAGCGGAAGCGGAAGCGGAAGCGUUACUAAUUGCUGCUGGACGAGGGCACUUGACCACUGUAUCUCGACUCAUUGAAUGCGGAGCCGAUGUGAAUCUAUCAUAUAAUCAGACAGCGUUGGAGACUGCUGCUGGGGUUGGGUAUAUCAAUGUUGUGAGGCUGCUCAUACAGAACGGUGCUCAAGUUGGGACAGUGGCUCUGGAGGCAGCUAGUUCGGGUGGUCAUGAUGAGAUUGUAAAUUUCUUGAAGGUUCAUGUACCCAGGGGUGCCGGAAAGUGA